AUGGCACCCCAGAACUUUGGAGCUCUUGGUGCUACCUACACCGUUGUCAGGGGCAUGCAAGCCAUUUCUAUGAUCAGCAUAAUUGGCAUGACAGCCAACUUCAUUUCCGAAAUGGUAUCAGCCAAGCAAUCGCCACCCUCCGUGCUUAUUGGCACUCUCAGUGUUACAUGCAUUGCUGUCCUCUAUGUCGCUGUAACCUAUAUUUUGUACUUUGACGCCCUUCUCCCGUUCCUCAUCUCCAGUGGCCUGGAUGGUCUGUUCCUCAUCGCUGUCAUCGUCGUGGCAGUAACAGUCGGCAAGCCCCUAUCCUACCUCGACUGUACCGCCCUGCCAUCCACCGGUGUCACAUCCUCAUUCCUCGACUCGGUUGGCGCCAACAUGUCCAAAGUCAACUACUGGGUCUGGGCUGGGGCAUCCAAGACGACCUGCUUCGAGAUGAAGGCCAUUUGGGGAUUCAGCAUCGCACUCUGCAUCCUCUUUGCCCUUAGUUCAGUCUGCAGUAUUUGCAUGUGGAAGAAGCAGCGGAUGAGCGCGGCUGCAGCUGCUCCUCAUAAGGAUGUCGAGCACUAGCUUCACGGACAUAGAAGAGGAGGGAAUUUGAUACAACUCGUAUGAGGAGUAUGGGUAUAUGCGUCUCUGACAAUGGCUCGAUGGCACGGCUGGUUGGGUUUCCUUUCUAUCACUGGGUAAUAGUAUGUGCUCUCAGGCGUUCGGAUUGCAAAAAACAUGUCCCUCCUAAUAAUGGAUCACGUU